AUGCAAAAGCUUGCAGGAGAAAGACAAACGCCGGUUGGUGGGAGUUCGGGCAAUGCAGCGGUAUCCAAUCUUUCCAGUGCGCUUCGCCAAGUCAAUCUAGGGAAUAGUAACACCACUACAGAUCAAAGCAACAUUAGUUUUGAUUAUCGGAGCCGAAUGACCCGCCAGCAACUGCUCGAUGAGGUACAGCGGAACAACUUGAGCGCACAACAAGCGGAUGAACUUCUCCGUCAGCAUGCUCAGCAACAAGAACAGAUCCAACAAGCUCAGCAACAGCUUCUUCAGCAGCAACAACAAGCCAACCAGCAAGCUCAGCAGCAACAACAACAACAGCAACAACAGCAGUACAUGGGUCCGGCCCAAAUCGACAGCUCCAGGAUCACAAAAUUCUUCCAAAACCAGCCCGAAGAGGGCUACACCCUCUUCUCACACAGAUCUGCACCUAACGGUUUUAAAGUAUCCAUUACACUAAGUGAACUGAAUUUGCCUUACAAUACGAUUUUCUUGGACUUCAACUUGGGCGAACAUAGGGCCCCGGACUUCGUGGCCAUUAACCCAAACGCCCGCGUUCCUGCGUUAAUUGAUCACAGCAUGGACAACUUGGCUAUAUGGGAAUCUGGGGCCAUAAUUCUCCACCUUGCGAACCGUUACUAUCGUGAAACCGGUGAACCACUUCUGUGGUCGGAUAAUAUGGCAGACCAAUCUCAAAUCACCGCAUGGCUAUUUUUCCAAACAUCAGGGCAUGCCCCAAUGAUUGGCCAGGCUUUGCAUUUCAGAUACUUCCAUUCUCAAAAGGUACAGAGUGCCGUGGACAGAUAUACGGACGAAGUACGGAGGGUAUAUGGGGUCGUAGAGAUGGCUCUGGCUGAGCGGAGGGAAGCCUUGAUCAUGGAGUUAGAUACUGAAAACGCAGCAGCAUAUUCGGCAGGAACAACGCCUUUGUCACGCAGUCGAUUCUUCGAUUACCCAGUAUGGCUAGUUGGUGAGAAGAUAUCGGUUGCAGACUUAUCGUUUGUGCCUUGGAAUAACGUUGUUGACCGUAUCGGCAUAAAUAUCAAACUUGAAUUUCCGGAAGUUUACAAGUGGACAAAGCAUAUGAUGAGAAGGCCUGCAGUGAUCAAAGCUCUUCGUGGGGAAUAA